AUGACCGGAAAACAGCCUGCGCACUCGUCUCAAACCGAUCUGGCAACAGUGAGGAAAGCUAUCCUCGCCCGACACAUUGAGCAACUGCAUCAGCCCCGAAUCCAGGAUGCGCUUGCAUUAAGCAAGGGAAACGAGGAAACGAAUGCGAAUUCGAUUGGGGCAGCGAAUGCGAAUCCGAUUGAGGAAACGAUUGCAAGUUCGAUUGAGGAAACGAAUGCAAGUUCGAUCGAGGAAACUAAUGCAAUUUCGAUUGAAUCAAUGACUACAACUUCGAUUGAUGCAACCGCGGCUUCCAUUGGGAACUUUCUCGGGAUAGGCACGAUCGCGAUUGGCCCGGAGCAGAACGCGGCUUUGCUCUCCCAGUAG